ACUUAUAUUGAAGGACAAAAUUAUGUAGCCUUUUUAAAUUAUUAUACGUGCCGAUGUUGCUUUGCUCGAGAAAACAUCUUUCCGUUCAAUUGUUCGACUGAAUGUUGCCUGUAUUGAUAGUCAUUUGUUUUUGCUUCAAGCAAUUGUCGACCUAUUGUCGCGUCUUGCAUUUCAGUCGAAAGAGCUUCGCGUUUAUAGUAACAUCUUAAUUUUCUUUUAUGGCGGUUUGCUGACAUUUCUCACUUUGGUGUCGUAUUUAAAUUGAACAUGUCUUUUGAAAUUACACUACGUAAGCUGUUUGAAGCGUUGAUGUCAUCAUCUUCAGCCUCCUGGAAUUUGCGGUAUCAAUUUGCAGAUCUUUUCAUCAAAAGUAUAUAGUGUAUGGAUGUUUUGAGUACGUGUAUAAAAUCUGAGAUGCAAAAAUAUUACUCUAAAAUUAAGAAGAAAUGGGAGGAUUCUAAUUAAAAAAAAACGUUUUAUGGAAAAUAAUUCAAAUUGGCUCGAUACUAUUAUUACAAUUUCAAUCCCAGGUAAUAAUUCUAUAUCAUCUCAAUUAAAUCGAAGUCUUCGACCGCAAAAAAAAUUCGGAUUGUACAGUGAACGAAGUAAGAAGCGGAAAAUUAGUGAAAUUUAUAACAAAAAUAAUACUGAACGGUUAAUAUAUGCUGCAGAAAAGAGUUUACGUUUAGAUGGAAAAUUCGAAGAGGCAAAAUUGAUAAAGGAAGCAAUUAUGACAACGCCUUCACACUCAAAAAAAAUUAAUGAGACUUAAAGUGUUGCUAAGAAAAAUAAUACCGUCAUUUCUUAUAAACCUGUAGAAGCAUUAGCUCUGAUAAUUGAAGCUGGAUUAACAAAAUACUCUUAUCAAGUAUUAAGGACUCAAGCAAAAUCUCGUGGAGCAGAUAUUUAUCCUUCUUAUAAAAAAAUACGUAAAGCUAAAACAGAAUGCUAUCCAUCAAAAGAAUCUAUCCGUAUAACAGAGACAAAAUCAGAAAUUGAAUUGCAGGCAUUAUUAGAUCUCACUGUUCGUCGAAUAGUUCAGCUACAAUUCAAAGUUUUACUGCAAAUGCCAGAGAACAUAUGUAAUAAUUUACACUUAAUCUCAAAGUGGGGCUGUGACGGAAGUAGUUGUCAUUUGCUUUAUAAACAAAUCUUCACGGAUUCACAGCAACCGCAAUCGGACGGCAAUUUAUUUAUGACCUGUUUAGUGUCUCUUCAACUUUAUGUUCUUUCAAAAGUGAGUGCAAAGAAGAUAAUUUUGUUGCAAAAUCCUCGGCAUUCCUCUACCCGAUAUUGCAGAGCAAUAAAGUUAAAAUUUGUGAAAGAAACUGCGGAAAUAAUACGGAUGGAAAAGAAAAACAUGGACACAAAAAUUAAUGAAUUAGUCGCAUCAAAAAUAGAUAUUCCAGGCAUCUCUCACUUAACUGUCCAUCAUGAUUUAUGCAUGACAAUGAUUGAUGGGAAGACACGUAAUGCCUUAACUAAUACUAAUUCGUCGCAAAAAUGUAACAUGUGUGGUGCUACUCCUGCGGACAUGAAUGAUGUCGAUAAAGUAAUGAGAAGAUAAAUUGAUAGAAGCGUCUACGAAUUUGAUCUUUCAACUCUACAUGCUUACAUUCGAUUUUUUGAAUGGUUAUAUCACGUUUCAGUAAAAUUGGAUACAAAGUUGUGGCAGAAGACAGAACAUACGAAGGCUCAGAUAGAUGCUAGAGAAACAUAUAUUAAGGAUCGUUUCCACUCUGAAAUGGAUUUGCCCGUUGGCAUUGUUAUUCAGAGAAAAGGCACAACGCACGAUGAAAAUUUAGCUCCUUAUUGGAAUGUUAAGCGAAGAAGCCCAAAAAUCGCGUAACAAAGAUUUCAGGGCAUCCCGUGAGAAAUUUACUCGGAAAAUGUCAAGAGUUGUGACGAACGACGAUUUAAUGCAUAUCUUUCUGAUAUCCACAGAUUCAAUAAAAUCUUCGAGUUUACUUCCUGCAAGAAAAGGAUGUGAAUUCAAAAGGAUUUGAAUUCAAAAAUUUCUGCUUUUCUUAACCCAGAAAAUAACAAACAAAUUACUAAGUCAAAUGACGACGAAUAAAUGUUACUGGAUAGUAUUAAUACAUUAAGAAAAUAUAUUGAUAUGUCUACAAGUCAACUGGAACCGUAUGUCAUGGAAAAUUCGAUGAAGAAAAGGUUUUGUCCACUAAACUAGUAGUUUGGUCCCACGGUACGCCGCCGCCGCCGCUGCCAAUGCAAUUAAACAAGCCGCUGCCGAAUAUCUCGGUAGUCACGUGACGGUGUGCGAAUCAUGCGAAUAGUGGACCUGGACAUCAUGCAUCUCGUGUCACGUACGGAAAACCACUGAUUACUGCGAGUUGUAUACAUGCGCGUGCAUAUGCGUAUGUAUAUUUUCAGCAACCACUUGCCAGGCAAGAAUUGACAAUCGUUACAUACACAACUCGCACGCAGCGUUUCUCCUCGCAGGACAAGUGCAUGAAGUCUGGGCCAAAAAAAUAAAUGAUUAUUCAGACUGACAAAAUUUGGUGACAGUGUAACUAUUCAGAAUAUUUAUUAACGUGUAAGUACGUAAAUUAAAUUUAUAACAAAAUUUUUAAGAUACCUUGACAUGUUUUCUGUUGGCAUGUGAAAAAAAAAUGUUUCUAUGUUUAAACUGUCAUUACUAUUUAAGUACUUGUAAAAUGGACAAAGACAAUGUCGAGAACAUUUUUAAUAAGCCGGUUAAGGAUUAUGACAUUACCUUACUGCACAACAAUAAUACAAAAACAAUUUUGCAUGAAAGAACUUUGGAACAUUAAGUUUCGAAUAUCAUAAAACGGAAGGCGGAUAUCAUAAAAUCCAGUUUUCCCUCGGUUAUUUCUAUACACCGCAUUGAGGAGAAUUAUAAAUUUGAUUAGGAAAAUGUGAAAAUUUUAGACAACCGUCUUAUGUAAAAAGAUCGAUAUCCGAAAUGUUACAUUAAGAGACAAUAGAGUAAACUUAAUAAGUAAAGCGACACCGAACUUCUUUCCAAAGAAUAUUUUGCUAUCCUUGACCGAAAUUCCCCUUCUUAAAUCCUUAUCCCUUCUUUCCUAUCUUGAUUGUCGGUUUUGACUAUACCCCGUUUCGCUCCGAAUCAGUUGCCUCUAAGUAUUUCGAAUGUGAUGUUUGUGUAUUCUUAUUUUAAAUUGAGACACUCUACCGUGACUAAGACACAACUUUUCAAAACUUACAGAAAGAUGCCGGAAAGCAAUACUAAAAAUAACGCAGCGAGGAUGUUGGAUAAUGAGUGCAAGAUCGAGUUGCAAGAAUCAAAACAACUGCUGGAAGCCGAGAAGUGGAAAUCAAAAAUGUAUAUCCAAUUCAACGAUCUUUCCUACUCGGUUCGCAACCGCAAAGGAGCUGAGAAAACAAUUUUACAUAACGUCACGGGGCAUUUUGAAUCAGGGAAGUUUACAGUAAUAAUUGGUCCUUCCGGUGCAGGAAAGACUACUUUGAUGAAAAUUAUAUCGGGAAAACAACCCCUAGAUGUUAAAGGUACUAUCACAAUAAACGACGUUAAGUGGAAUCGAGCAAUGUUCCGUAAACAUGUGUGUUACGUACCGCAACACUUUGAUUUAUUGCCGUUCCUCACAACGAGCGAAACGCUCUACAUAGCGGCUCGAUUACAACUCGACGGUAAUCAGAACAAACAAGAGAUUAAUUCAAUUGUGAACAAUAUCGCAGAAAAUCUUUGGUUGUCAAAUUGCUUGGACACGUUAGUAAUAAAAUUAAGUGGUGGCGAACGGAGAAGAUUGUCUAUCGGCGUGCAAAUAAUCAGCAAGUCAUCAGUUUUCUUAUUAGAUGAGCCAACAAGCGGUCUUGACAGUGCGGCGUCUUACCAGUUAAUUGGCAUGUUGCACAAUAUGACGAAAGCAAAUUGCGCUGUAGUUUGUGCAAUACAUCAACCUAGUGGUCGUAUGAUUUCGCUUUUCGAUGACAUCAUGGUACUUAAUCGAGGAAAAUGUAUGUAUUGCGGACCAAAAAGCGAGAUCUUGAGCACGUACAACAUUGCCGGAUUCACGCGUCCUAGCUUUUACAACAUAGCCGAAUUUGUUCUCGAGGUGAUAACUGAACAGAAAGAUGAAGAGUUAGAAAAUUUACAUAAGAUCUGUCGUGAUGAAUAUGAAAAAUCGCGCAGUACAUACAAAAGUAAACAGAAUUCAUCGAUAGAUUUCGAACAAAAUUUCGAAACUGAUAAUACAGUCACAUCCACAAAAAUCAGAAGACACGAAAAAUCGACAUGGCACCAGCAAAAGGUUUUAUGUUCACGAGCUCUAAUCUGUAUCAUGCGAGAUAAUACCUUUACAAAACUAAGAAUUGCAACGCACAUCACAGCUGGACUUUUGUUCGGAUUAAUAUACUAUAAUUUUGGUGACGACGCCGUAAAAGUACAAAGCAAUAUAUCUUGCUUAUUUGUCAUUCAAAUGUAUUUAUUUCUAUUAAAUGCCCUACAGACGGUGCUGAUGAUUCCCACGGAAGCGAAUGUAUUUCUACAGGAACAUUUAAAUAAUUGGUACUCUUUUAAAGCCUACUACAGCGUAAAAGUGUUAACGGAUAUUCCGGUGCAAAUACUUUGCACAACAUCUUUCUUGUUAAUAUCAUAUUACAUGACAGGACAGCCAAUGGUAUUUAAUAGAAUUAUACAGGUGUGGAGCAUUUGUCUGUUAACUGUGAUUCUUGGACAAACGUUCGGGAUAUUUAUAGGCACAGCUUUUGGCACUAAGUUAGGUGUAUUUUUGAUACCGGGAAUUAAUGUACCAUUAUUGAUGCUUGCUGGAUUUUUCGUGAAAAUAGCAGAAUUGUCGGUGUAUAUACAACCGUUAACUUUUCUAAGUUACUACAGAUAUAUAUUUGAAGGAUUAUUGCAGGCGAUCUACCUUGAUCGACCUAAUCUAUCGUGCUCUGAAGAUUAUUGUUACUUCCGUUCAACAAAUAAGAUUCUCUCAACAAUGGACCUUCCAACAAUGCCGUUUUACGUCAUUUUGAUAAUACUUGGCUCUUGGAUUUUCUGUUUCCAUAUAAUCGUUUAUGCAGUAUUCCAUUGGAAACUUUAUUAUGCGAAAAAGUGACGUGUUAAUGCUCGAACCGAGGAAAUAAUCUGCGCCAAUGCUACCUCUCAAUCGACACAGACAUUAUAUACUUUCAUAUAAGAACACACACACACACACACACACACACACACCUGCACACAAUACUCUUUGAAAUAAUCACAAUUGUAAAUUUAAAAUACAUAAAUUUAUAAUCGAUAAUUGUAUAAUCAAUCUUUAUGAUAAUUUUGAUAUCUUUAUAAUCAUUCAGUUUUCAAUGUUAAAAUAAAUUUAUGAUUUUUAUCUAA